AUGACUGGAUUCUGUGCUUGUUCGUACCUUCGCGAAAUCGCUGAAAUUGGGAAGGACCACCCCGUAGUUGGGGCCGUAGUUGGCGGAUUGGCGGCAAUUGGUCUUUUUAAGGUCAUUACUGGUCUGCUCAGCUACUUCACUAUGCUUGCUGAUUUGUUCAUCCUUCCGAGACCCGAUCUGUCAAAGUAUGGAGCCGGAUCCGGGUCCAACAAGGGAAGAGCAUGGGCCAUUGUCACAGGAGCCACUGCUGGCAUUGGCGAGCAGUUUGCCCAUCAAUUAGCUGCUAAGGGAUUUAAUGUGGGAAUUAUCUCCAGAACUACCGGAAAGCUUGAAACUGUCCAGAAAGAACUCCAAGAGAAGUGCCCAGGAGUUUCUGUCAAAUACCUGGCGUUUGAUGCAUCUAAAGAUGAGCCCGAAUCAUAUACUGCGUUGGAGAAAUUUAUUGAGGAGCUUGAUAAUGUCACUGUCUUGAUCAACAAUGUCGGACAAUCACACUCCAUUCCCGUGCCAUUCAUUGAGACCCCAGAACAGGAGAUGCGCGAUAUCAUCACCAUUAACAACAUCGCUACCUUGAAAAUAACUCAAAUCAUUGCUCCUAAGAUUAUUGCCUCGACUGGUAAAGGCAAAGCUUUCAAGCGUGGACUCAUUCUGACCAUGGGCUCGUUCGCUGGUCUGACCCCUACUCCAUUGCUUGCUACAUACUCCGGUUCGAAAGCAUUUUUGCAGUCCUGGUCGAAUGCUCUUGCUCGUGAGUUGCAACCUCAAGGUGUAGAUGUUCAGCUGGUCAUCUCCUACCUCGUGACAUCCAACAUGUCCAAGAUCCGCCGAACAUCUGCUCUGAUCCCCAACCCCAAGCAGUUCGUCAAGUCGGUCUUCCAGUCCAUUGGCCGUCGUUCUGGCGCCCAAGAACGAUACGCCACCACCACCCCCUACUGGUCACAUGCCCUUCUCCACUGGUGGAUGGAAACCGCCGCCGGCGUUUUCGGCAAGCUCAUCAUCGGCAUCAACUACAACAUGCACGUUGACAUCCGCAAGAGAGCUCUUAAAAAGGCCGAGCGUCUUGCAAAGCAAAAAUAG